AUGAAAUUAUCAUCACUAGGCAAGUCUUCAAGACCAUUAUUUCUGUCAACUCUAGUUUUAUUUGAUGUCGAGACAACGGGCCUACCGUCUGCAAACUUCAAUCCAGAAAUCACAGAACUAUGCAUGUUGGCUUCUAGUCGAUUUAAUCUGGAGAAUGCUACAGGUGAACCUAGAGUAGAAAAUAAGCUCACACUGUGCUUUAAUCCUACACGAACAAUUUCAUCGAUAGCUUCUAAAAUCUCUGGGAAAAACUACAGUCUUAAUGACUGUACAAAUGGACCAAUCGUAUGCACAGACACUUUACAUUUGUUCCGUGAAUUUGCUUCUCAGCUAGCUGGGACAAAUUCAGAUGAUUCAGGUUUCAUUUCAACCGAUGAUCAAUCGUCUACUCCUGUACCUGUAUCUCAUUCUAGUCCUAAAAAGCCAAUUACUACUACAAAUAAGCAUUCCUUUCAUUUGGCUGAUGUUCAUGAACGUGUAUUCGGUGAUAAGCAUAAAAAUGCACAUAGUGCAGAAGGCGAUUGUAGAGCGAUGCUUCGAUUAAUCCAGUAUUUAGGAUCACCUGCUAUUGACUGGUUACAGUCGCAUUAUCUAAAUUUCAAUUCAGUAACACCAAUGUACAAUUUACCUAGUGCAAACACAAGUCGACUUUCAUCAUCUCUAUUCCCUUAUCAAAGAACAACAAAAUGUAUUCUGAUGUAUGCCUUCACGAUACCACUUCUCUGUUUGACGACUUACAAUUGGAAUGAUCCAAACAUCAUGUACAAAUAUUAUUUUGACAAGAUUAAUCACUGA